AUGGGUUAAGAAUGUUGUAGUUAGAGAAGACAUGAAUAAUCAUCUCUUGGAUUAAUGAAUGGAGUUCCAUAUAGAAAAAGCAUAUAAGAAAUAAACUCAAGAAUAAGCAAAAUUUAUGAAGAGGAAAUAAUAGAAAAUGUUAGAGAUCAUGCUGAAGAUAACAGUAAAAUCAAUAAGGAUGAAUAAAGUGAUAAUUUAAAUAAAACUCCUUUAUUUCAAGUUGUGAAUUCAGAAGUAAAUCUACCAACUAUUGACUAAUAAAUAAUAGAAUAAGAGAAAAGUUUUGAAAACAGUUGUCCUAUCCCUGAAUAAGAGGGAAAUUAAACAUAAAAAGAAGAUUAAUUUAUUGACAUGAAACAAGAAAGCAUAGAUAAGAAUAAUAAUACACCAAUAUAUUAAGUUUUUGUUCAUUAACCUGCUGUUCCAUCUAAAUAAAUAGAAAAUGAUCUUAUAGAUUAAAUUCUUACAAGAGAUAAAUUAGAAUCUGAAUAAUUAUCGUUUUCCAAUAAUUUCGACACAGUGUCUUAAUCAAAAAUAUCAUAAAUUGAAUAAAGUUUAAAAAUAAAGUAGGCUCCAGGAAAAUUAAGUUCAUUAUUUCUGAGAGCUCUAGAAAGAAAAAUUUUAGGAAUAUAAAGUAAAAUGGAACUAAAAGAAGAGCAAGAAGUUAAGGUAAUAGAGAGACCAGUUCCAAAAGCAAGACCUAGAAAGAUAUAAUAACUUGGUGAAUUAUGA